UACAGUUGUGAUCUAGUGAUACAGAAGACAGAAAAAACUUGAUGAAAUGUCUACCUGGUUUGUUUUGUUGGUCGCUGUUUUGUCUUGUGGGACGUUAGCAGAGUCCCAGGUCCCCCAGAUCUCCAGGUGUUUGCUGGCGUGUCUAGACGACCAGGUGCUGGACGCACGUGCGUGCAGGUGUGUGAACCGCAACACGACCGCGUGUCCCAGACGGAUGUGUGGCCGCCGCUGGCCGUUGUGUGAGGUCUACAAGGUCGAUGCCAGCGGGUGCCAGACCUGUGAGUGUCAGUGUGUUCCACCUGUGUGCCCGCCCACCUGCAGGGGAGCAGUAGAGUACCACACAAACAGUUACGGCUGCCGACUGUGUCGCUGCAAGCGUGCCUGCCCGGGUCACUGUGACCUGCACUGUCCCCACGGGUUUGAGCUUGACCCCAGCGGCUGCCCAGCGUGCAGGUGCAGGGAGAGGGUGUGUCCACCUGUCUGCGCCAUCGCCUGCUUGAACGGAAACGUCCUGGACGAGAAUGGCUGCCCCACGUGCAAGUGUCAGGGAUGACCAGCUGAUCACGUGAUCAAAGACAGCCAAUCGGUGUUGACAUUGUACUUGUUAAUGUAUAUC